AUGACCACUGUAACACAAGACUUCUCAGACAUUCUCGCCAGCGACAAGCGGACGGAAUUUUUUGUCGCCAAUGCGGAGCAGCCUUUUGACGAAGUUGCUGACGGAAUCCGUCCCAGUCACCGUCAAUCUCUCAGCGCACACGGCAGGGAGAUCGACGGCGGGGAGAAUGAAAGGGAGACCUCUGAAAGGAGCGACAGCAGCAGAAAACAAUCGGGCGAUGAGAAGCACAACGGGUCAUCUGACAAUAAAGCAGGUCCCAUUCCUUCUGAGGAUUCAACCAAGCCUAUUUCAAACGAGACUGUCUCAAACCAGAGCUCCGAUUAUCAGGCUGCUAUCAUCUCCGUCCAGGAUAAUUCACCCAUUCAGGAUGAUUUUACCUCCGAUGGUUUUCGCGAAGCCGUGCUCACGUCACUUUCCGCCAAGUUCCCAAAGAAGCUCGCUCUCUUCUCCAAUUCCUACAGCAUCGCCAGCGAUAAUCUCCGAGUGUUACUUAGCUUCGAAGACGAGUCCUUCGUGAUCAGCGAAAAACAGCUUCUUGGCAUCUUCAACCGCUUCCCAUCCCUCCUCGCUGCUCCCCUGGACGCCGCAUCCGUUCAAAGCCGCAUUGAUCUCUUUCGCCGUUACGGUGUAACCCGAUCCGCAUUUUUCGACCUCUGUUCCCGCUCCAACGUGCUCCUGUUUCCCGUUGGGUCCCUAGCGGAGAAUCUGCAUUACCUUCGGCACGAAUUAGGCAUCGUUAGAAUCGAGAAAGUCCUGAAAUGCUUCCCGUUGGUGCUCAACCUCUCCCUGCCGAACCUGGAGGAGAAGGUUCGGCAGCUCAGGCUCGCGGGGCUAGGUCCGGCGAGCGAAGUUCUCGAGCGAUCGCCCUUCGUUUUAAGCGCACGCGCGUCGGAGAUCCAGCGAAAGGUGGAGCUUGUAAAGAGGUUGCUAGGAUCCAGCAACAGCGCGGACGAUCCGAUUCUCUACCUCCGGAAGUUUCCUCACGUUUUGCUGGCCCAGUAUGAAACUAUGGAGAAGACUUAUGAGGGUAUGGUAAAGUAUUUUGGGGAGGAGGAUACGAAGAGGUUGCUGAGACGGCAGCCGCUGCUGCUGGGUCAGAAUUGGGACGGAAUGAUGGAUACAAUAUCGAAAUUAAUCGACGUUUUUGGGCGAGAAGGUGCAGUGCGGAUUGUCAAUCAGACGCCUACAGUGAUGGCGUAUUCGUGGUCCACUAUCGAGGAUAAGAUUUUAUUCGUUACGGAGGUUAUGGGGAGGAGUAUUGCGGAGAUUGUGGUGUGGCCGGCGUUGUUGACGAGGAGCUUGGAGAAGCGGUUACGGCCACGGUAUGAGAUGUUACGGGGGUUACUGCGCGAGCAGCAGCUUGGUCUGGGGUCAAUGUUUGGGUGUACUGAUGAAGUGUUUCGGAAGAGGUAUGGGAGGAAGAUUGCGUUGCUGGCAGAGAGGGAAGGAGGGGCGGAGGAUGGGGAGAACGGUGGGGAAGAGGAAGAUGGUGGGGGAGAGAAGGGUGUAAGAGAGGAGGAAGGAGAAGAGAAGGAUGGGAGAAUAUAA